UGGCCUUUAAUUCCUCUCACUGGUGAAUCCAGCAAUGAACGUGUCAUCACAGGAGCAGAUGUGGACCAUUUAGUCGAGGCUGAGGCUGAAGCUCAGGACAAUAAAAGGAGAAAGAACACAGUGGAAUAAUUUGUCUCUUAUGAAAUUUCUUUUAACACACUUAAUGUGCCACUUUCAGGGGGAGGAACAUGCUGAGAUAGCAAAUAAUGAGGGAAAAUUAUGUGAAGGUAAUGGUGAAUGAUUGCAGCAGCCCCCAAGAACAUCAUCAUCAUCACCACCACCCUGAUGUACUGAAAACUUGAAUACGCUCAGACUGUAUUGCCCUCAUCAUGAUGCACUUGCUCGCCCUCUUGCUAUCUCACUCGUAAAAAGAGAAAAAAAAAACACUGGGGGAAGAAAAGCUCUCUGUGUUGAAGCGGGCGCUCAUUCAUCCAGCAGCUCUCACUGCAGAGGUGGUGGUGGGGGGGAGGUAGCCACUCACACGCAACAUUUAUUUAAAAAAAGAAGAAGAAGAAGAAGAAGAAAUAGGUGAACAGCAGCAACUUUAAGGAUCGUGCUGUGUAAUUCCACUCGGGAUGGAGAAGCCUUCCUUUUGCGUUCAGCCUCUGGGAAUAUCCGUGUGACCGCGUCCUCACUAUGAACUCCUCUGUGUUCGUGUCCCCCCGCUGCUGCAACUUCGCACAGAGGAGCGGAUGGACGAGCGGACGCGGUAGGAUCGCAUACCGAAAUAAAAGUUGAGCGAGAGCACAAGUCAAGUUGGAGUUGAGACAAAGGACUCAUCGCGCAUCGAUGCAUUUGGUUGGACCAGCGAACUGAAGAGGCUCUUAUUCGCAGCUUCUCCAAGACCUGAAGAGUUGACUUAUUCCUGAGAGCGCAUCGUUUGGUCCCUACUGUACAAUCGGUCCGGAGAGAAUGAGGUGUCGCUGGGUGAAGCAUGAGCUCUCAGAGGAUCAGUCAUAAGCGGCUGUCUCUGCUAUGGGAGGGGGCGGCUCUCAGCCUCUGGCUCUGGUUCUGGUUCUGCUGCUGGACCUCCAGGGCCGAAGCCGCCGGUGGAGCCUCACCCGCCGCCGGACAAAGCGACGGCGCCUCCGGCUCCCUUGGCUGGCUGCUGUCGGAUAAAGGGCCCUUCCACCAAUCUCUGGAGUUCACGGAGGCUGCGGAGAGGUACCAGCAGGGCUUCACCACCAGAUACAAGAUCUACAGGGAGUUUGGACGAUGGAAGGUCAACAGCCUGGCGGUGGAGAAACGGGACAGUCUUGGUGGCAGCGGAGGCCUGGCUCUGCCCCUCGACCCCGACUUCAUGCACACGAUCCGUCAGCUGGGGAGGCGGCCAACCCUCCAGACGAUUACAGAGAAUCUAAUCAAGAAAUAUGGCACCCACCUCCUCCUCUCUGCCACUCUGGGAGGGGAGGAGUCAUUGACGAUCUUCGUGGAUAAGAGGAAAUUUAGCCAGGAGUCUUCUUCACCCUCGGGGGCUGAGAGCAGCCAUAGCAGCAACAGGAACCCAAACACUACGGGAACAGUGACCCUGGAAACCCUCCACCAGCUGGCUGCUUCCUACUUCACCGACAGGGAGAGCACCCUGCGCAGGCUGCACCACCUCCAGAUAGCAUCCACUGCCAUACGGGUGACGGAAACCCGAACUGGGCCCCUCGGAUGCAGCAACUAUGACAAUCUGGACACAGUCAGCUCCGUACUGGUUCACAGUCCGGAAAACAAGGUCCAACUACGAGGGCUGCAAGUCAUCCUACCAGGCUACUUGCAGAGCCGCUUCAUUCAAGCAGCUCUCGACUACAUCGGCUGUAAAUCCGAAGGUCAGUUUGUGUGUCAGAACAGUGACUGCUGGUGUGAGUGCACUGUGGACUUCCCCCAGUGUAACUGUCCUCACUCUGACCUGCACACUCUGGAAAACAACCUGCUGCGCAUCAGAGACGCCUGGAGGCUGACCAACCAGGAGUUUGAGGAAUCCGAGGAGUUCCAAAGCUUUGUUGGGCAACUGCCAACCCAUUACGCUGUAAACACGUCUGUCGUGGAACACUUGUGGAGGACCGAUGCCAGCCUGCCCCAGCGCUACAGGCAGCUGGAGACCAGCAGCAACCAGCUUUUCACCAAAGCUCAACGCACCACUAACAAGCUCUUCAGCCUCAGCAAGAGGUGCCGAAAACAGCCCAAAAUAGUCUUGCAGAGGCCGAGGCCUCUGAGCUUCUGGUUGAGCUACGCCCUCUCCCUUUUAUACUGCAGUGAGAACAGUCAGGUUGGCGUUUACAUUGACAAGAGCCGCAGCUGCUCCUGCCCCUACAUCCAUCCGCCUUGCCAAGGCCUUAUUCCCUGCUUCGUGGGCGACGGUCCUCGCUGUGCGUCCUGUUCCACAGAGAACCGAACCCGGUGUUCCAGCUGUAACCCCGGGUUCACCCUGACCCAGGGAGUCUGUCGGCCAGCGGUGCCCGACCCUACAGACCCUUACCUGGGCUUGGAGAGUGACCGAGACCUGCAGGAUCUAGAGCUGCGCUACCUGCUCCAGCGGCGUGACCCACGUAUCACUCUGCAUGCUGUGUUUGUGAGCAAUGAUGUGCGUGUAAACACUUGGUUUGACCCAUCAUGGAGGAAAAGAAUGCUGCUCACUCUCAAGAGUAACCGGGUGAAGUCCAACCGUGUUCAUAUGCUCCUUGGACUCGCCCUUCAGUUUUGCCUCACUAGGAACAGCACUCUGGAGCCUGCAUUGUCCCUGUUUGUGAACCCUUUCGGGGGUAGCCAUUCAGAGAGCUGGACCAUGCCUAUAGGUCAGCAUGGAUAUCCUGAUUGGGAGCGGACCAAGCUGGAUAUCCCCUUGGACUGCUAUAACUGGACGCUGACUCUGGGAAACAGAUGGAAGAGCUUUUUUGAGACGGUUCAUUUCUACCUGAGGAGUCGUAUCAGGGACUCUGGAGUGACAGGAGGUAGCAAGAACAUGACGAUGUACUAUGAACCUCUAGAGGCAACAGAGCCGUCGAACAAUAUUGGUUACAUGAAAGUGAACAGCAUGCAGCUCUUCGGAUACAGCGUGCACUUCGACCCCGAGGCGAUCCAGGACCUGAUUCUGCAGAUAGACUACCCGUACACUCAGGGAUCACAGGACUCUGCCCUGCUGCAGCUAGUGGAGCUGCGCUACAGGGUUAACCGUCUCUCGCCUCCAGGGGCCCCACACGUGGAUCUGUUCGCCUGUCUGCUCCGCCACAGACUCAAACUCUCCAGUGCAGACGUGACCAGGAUACUCACUGCCCUGCAAGCUUUCAGUGCCAGACAACCAAACUAUGUGGAGUAUGAGGCAAAUAAACUAUGUAGUUAAUGGCCACUAUGUGAUGUUUUGUACUGUUUCCUUGCCUCAGACAGGCCUGUAUCCUUUGUCAGCUGGAUCCAUUUGUGUCAAGUGUGUGGUAUAUUGUUCAAGGCUUUGUUGUACAUACACUAUGUGCAAUUAAAUUUGAUGUUUUUAGCAUUCCAAUGAAGUUUUAUGGAUUAAAGCCUCUAAAUACUUGUUUUUCAA